UCUGAUUGGCCACGGGCAAAGGGGCCAGGCGGCUUGAUUAGCGCUGCUUGCCUGGAGGUGCUUGGGACCCUGGACCUGGGAUCCUGGCCGCAAGCCUCAGGAAGUCCGGAAAACCGCAGAUCUCAGGUUGGCUGGGGAGGGAGCAAGGACGGGGCCAGGGACGCGCAGAAUCCCAGUACCUUGCUUGGAGUGGACGCUGACAGUGCCAUCGAAAAGUUGUGCAUGGAAAUGACAAGAAAAGCUGGAGAGAAGCCCAAAUGGAUUAACUGAAGCCCUAGGGAGACACUAAAAGGUGCACUGGCUGCAUUCUGAGUCCCAGAACUGUGGGAAGUAGCCACUGGAUUACAGGCAUGUUGUGGAAGUUGCUGGUGAGAUCGCAGCCUUGCAGGCUGUGUUUUUUCAGAAAGAUGCAAUCAACUCCAAAAUACAAACCCUUUCUAGCAUACUUUACAACAGACAGGCAGUCAAACAAAGAAAAUAAAAGAACAGUGGAAACGCUCUAUAAAUUUUCAGUUGACAUUAGGAAAAUUCGAAGUUUAAAAGGAUGGGUACUUCUGGAGGAUGAAACCUAUGUUGAAGAAGUUGCAAAUAUUUUACAAGAACUAGGUGCUGAUGAGGCUGUAAUAGCCAGUAUUUUGGAACGCUGCCCAGAAGCAAUUGUCUGUAGUCCAGCUGCUAUUGACACCCAGAGAAAACUCUGGCAGUUGGUCUGCAAAAACGAGGAAGAGUUAAUCAAGUUAAUAGAGCAGUUUCCAGAAUCUUUCUUUAUUGUUAAGAACCAGGAGAACCUAAAGCUCAAUGUUCAGUUCUUUCAAGAGCUGGGACUCAAGAAUGUAGUCAUUAGUAGAUUUCUGACAACUGCAUCCAAUAUUUUUCAUAAUCCUGUUGAGAAUAAUAAGGAAACGAUAAAGCUCCUCCAAGAGAGUUACCUAAAUGUAGGUGGCUCUGAGGCCAAUAUGAAAGUCUGGCUACUAAAAUUAUUAAGCCAAAAUCCAUUUAUUUUGUUAAGGUCUCCUACAACUAUAAAGGAAACACUAGAAUUUCUCCAGAAGCAAGGCUUUACAAACUUUGAAAUUCUUCAAUUUCUGUCCAAACUCAAAGGAUUUCUUUUUCAACUUUGUCCAAGAGAUAUCCAGAACAGUAUUUCCUUCUCUAAAAAUGCUUUUGAAUGCACAGAUCGUGACCUGAAGCAAUUAGUUUUGAAAUGUCCUGCUCUUUUAUAUUAUUCUGUUCCAGUUUUAGAAGAGAGAAUUCAGGGAUUAUUGAAAGAAGGAAUUUCCAUAGCUCAAAUAAGAGAGACACCAAUGGUUCUCGAAUUAACGCCACAGAUAGUUCAGUACAGAAUAAGGAAACUAAAUUCUUUAGGCUACAGAAUAAAGGACGGACACCUAGCAAAUCUAAAUGGAACAAAAAAAGAGUUUGAAGCUAACUUUGGCAAAAUUCAAGCCAAAAAAGAGAGGCCAUUAUUUAACCCCGUGGCACCAUUAAAUGUUGAAGAAUGACUUACUGACUGAUGUUAUUUCUUCUUAACAAUAAAGAUGAAACAGAUUCUCAGAUACUUAAGCAAUUCAGGCAGUUAAUAGGCACCAGUAAUUUUAAGGACCUAGCUUCUGAGGUGUUAUCUCUGAAUAGAUGAUCUGUGACUCAUUUGCGUAUGUUAAAAUACAGACUGGUUGUGGUGGCACAUCCCUAUAAUCCCAGAGAUUCAGGUAGCUAAAGCAGGAGGGCCCCAAAUUUAAGGUCAGCAACAUAGGUCCUAAGCAAUUCAAUGGGACCUUGUCUCAAAAAAUAAAGAUGGCUGGGGAUGUAGCCUUGUUGUAAAAGCCCUCUGGGCUCAAUCCCUAGUACAGAAAAACCCCAAAAUACAAACUGCACUUUUUACAAAGUUGGUAAUUCAUUGUCCUUGAACUAUUAUUCCAAAAGCUCUUGUUCUAUUCAAUGGCACAUCAGUUUGAUAAUUUAUAAGUGAAUCAUUUCUAAAAAAUUGACAAGUACACUCCCUUAAUUCAAAAUAUGGGAACAUUUACUCAUGUUUUAUUGAAGAUGUAGAUAGUCUUCCUUAUUACCAGCUCUGAAACAUCACUUUGCUUUUACGUGAAUUGUAGCUUAGUGUUAGUGAAGCAUUAGCAAGCUUCUGACACAUUUUUUUUUUUUUUUGAGAACUUGUGUUUGGAAUAAAUACUUUUGAGAACCAAGUAUUACUAAUCCAAAAAUAGUACAAAAGCCUUCCUUUGUGGCCUUUUUGAAACCAAUCAACCAUUAUCUCUCAUGAAGCACUUAUGUGCAUUCAGUAUUUUCCUCAUUUUACAGAGGAGGAAACAAACUUAGAGAUGUUACUCAGCUGCCAAGUAGGAGAGCCCAGAUUUAUUCAGAUCUGGCUUCUGUUCAAACCUUAUGAAUAGAAAGGAUCUCAUUCUAAGUGUGAAGGGGAACACUUGCAUAGUUUUGUCCUGGCAUUAAUCAGUAAUAUGUUCUCUUUCUUGCACACUCUCUGGUGCUCUCUCGAAAAUAUCUCAGUUUAGAUACACCAAUCAGUUGGUUUAGAUACAUCUAACCCGUUGAUUAUGUCAAUUUUGAGAUGCCUAUUAAACAUUCUAGCAGGGAUGUCAAAUGUGCAAAUGACUAAGUCUGGAGUUGUCAAAACUGGGGAUACACAUUUGAGGAUCAUUUGCAUACUGUGGUAUUUAAAGCCAUGGGUCUAGAUGAGAUUGUCUGGAAUGUAGAUUUGGAAUAGGACAGCUGGCUGAGCAUGGGAAAAGUUGAUCAGAGGAAGAAAAGAAGACAUGGUCUGUAACAAUUCCAAUGGGAGGUCAACUAUGGUAGAGAAUGACUAGCAGGUUUGCAAAAAGGAAAGUAUUGAUUAACCCUGUGAAGAGUGUUUCUGGUGUAAUGAAGAAGGUGAGAAGGCCAACUGGAGUGGAUUGAAAAGAGAAUGGGAGACAAGGGAAAACAUUUUAAAUGAAGUUUCAAGAUUAAUUUUUUUUUUUAAAGAACAUGUUUAUAUGCUGAAGGGUAUAACCCAAGAGACACAAAUAAGAGAUUGAAAACUGCAAGAUUAAUAGCCUUGAGGAAGGAAGGUAGAUUUUCUUUGGUUAAGAGCAGAGAUUCUGGUCCCAGUCCACAGAGCCUGGGAUAGACGCAGGCAGGUUGAUGGGAGCCCGUGGAAUGAAAAGCAGGGGAGGGGCUGUCUAGUUGCCUCUUUGCAAAGGACAGUAGAAUCAGGGAGGAAACAAGUGGGAGGUUGGAAAUAGAGGAAGUCAUUUGAGGGGAAAGUGAACACACAAUGGAAGGGGAGGAUAACUGGACAAAACUUCAAUAGCCCACGUGUCCUUUCCGGACACUGAUUUAAAAAGAAACUAGUCAGUAUAUAAGUUAAAAUUUUAGGUCCUCGGGUCCAGGCACAGGGAACCAGAAGCAGUUAGAAAAUACAACUAUAGCUUAUUCCAAAUUUGAAGAUUACCAUUUUUUAAAAAACAGAUCCACAUUUAUGGUCAGUCCAGCAAUUAUACUGACUUUAUUUUCCCUUAGGCCAAAUUCCAUUCCAUUGUUUGUUUGGCCUCUGAAAUAGUUUUGCUUUGCCUUUUCUCCAUUCUUACAUUCUCCUAUCUCCAUAUGAAAUAAAACUUUUUAAAAUUGAAAAUCUACAGCAUGGCAAGGGGAGCUUUUCUUGCAUGAAACACUAGUCAAUUUCAUUUCCUCGUUGAGAAAAGGUUCUAAUAACAAAAUUAAAUUGCCUUCAAUUUAUUUAUGAUUACAUUAAACUUAUUUCUACAGCAAAAUAAAAUUUGUUGCCACAGUAAAUAUGAUCACCUGGCAUUACUCCAGUAAGCUUCCUGAUAAAUCAAACAUACAGCCUACAUUGAAUAUCAACACCAGAAGGAAAGACUGGCUACUGAACAGGCCCAUUUGUUUCUGGACCUAAGCUGGAGAAGUUGUGACUGACACUAAUUCAAAAUCAAUACAGGAAAUUCAACUAACAAUGUGAAAGCCAGUUCUGCAUUUGUAAAAAAGGUUUUGAAGAUGUUUCUGGCCUAAACCUUAUGCUGAUUAAAUGAUGUAGGCUAGGACCUGGCAGGAAAGCAGAUGCCCAAUAAGUAAGUAGUUUCCUACCUUCCUCCCCAUUGCUUCUCAUUUCUGCCCACUGAGUGGUCUAAGAGGUGUUCCCUACUUUAUAACUCCUUCCCCAGUUUCAGACUUCAGUGUGCACAGUAACCUUCAGAGGUUGUUAAAAUGCAGUUCUGGGCUCUAUCCUGCAGAGAUUUGGCAAACUGAGGUAAAACCUAGAAAUCUGCAUUUUUAAUCUAUUACGGGUGUUUAAAAUAUAUUUCACUGUUAUGUUGGAAUGUUAUGUUUGUACAUUAUUAUCACAAAAAUUAAAAACUGGAUAUAGCACUUUCUAAACUGCUAUGUAAGUUUUAAGAUUAUCCUGUAUUUAAAUUUCCUUUAUUUCUCCAUCUUUAUGAAACAUUUCACCUUUUGCAGAUCAUAGUGCUUUAUUAACAAGUUCAUGUUUGUUUCCCAUUCUUUAAUACAAAAAAAUUAAUCAUCAAUUAUUUUCACUUGACAUUUUGCUAAGUACAGGAUUCAUGUCAACAUUAUUAGAUCAGUCAUUCAAGUGGGUCACACAAGUUUAUCUUCAUUGUGCCAAAUACCCACUCAAAAAAUAAGCUGAGUAAGAUACCUCCAGGUGUAUAUAAAACGAUUGCAGUUUCUUGAAGUCAACGUCCUGUUUAACAGGUCAAAUUGCUAGUCUAUGUAAAUAAACUGGAAAAGACUUGAGGAUACAGCUGUACAUAUAUCAUCAAAGGGUAAGUUCAUUCAACAAGAACCUAUACUGUACAUUUGUACAGUUCUCUGCUACCAUUGCAAAAGCCCCUCUGAACAAAGUUGUGGUUAGAAUUUAAAACAAUCUGGAUGAAAUAAAAUGUACCAAGUAGCUUUUCUGUAGCAGAAAUGAAUUAUAUCCAUUUUCCUCAAGCAAAUUUAAGACAAGCAAAGCUAAAAAUAAAUAUGCAAGCAUAUAGUAAACUAAAGUCUAUUCCUUAGAAGAAAUUCAAGUACAAAACAGCAGAGCCUAUGACUAUAUAAGAUAAAUUAAAAAUACUAGCAAUGAAGCAGUAAUUUAUGUAAUAGCAGGAAACAAGUUCUCUAAUACCAUUACUUAGAUCAUUUAGCAUUUAUCUACUUUGAAGUUUAAAACAAAUUCCCUUUGCUAAUUAAAACAUUUGACCAAUAUACCAACAUAUUGCAUGAAAUAAAUGACCAUUUAAUUCCUCAUGACUUCAUUUAAUUCCUGAUGACUUCAGUUUUGUAUAAGUGAAAGGUUCAAGACCCUGUGUAGAUUUGCUCAAAAUUCCUGCUGGUAUUUAUGAAAGCUAAAGGUGAUAUUCUUAUCGAAUUGUUAAUCAUAUUAUUAAUGUAAUAUUUGUAGUGGUUUAUAUAAGCCUCAGGUUUCAGAGUAAUCUGUUCAAGUUCUCAGAGAUACUAUGUUGAAUGACUUACUGGAGAACAUGACCCCAUUGCCCUUUCUUCCUCCCUUUGGGAGGUGGAGGAAGAAUGGACAAAUUUCCAGACUUGAAGUGUAAAGAAAAUUGUUUUUUUUUUUUUUCAGGAUUAAGGUAUAAUCCUCAGUUAUAAGGAAUGCCAAAUACAUGUGAAUUGUUAAAUUUUCAUGAAGCUAAACAUGAAACAAAAAUCUAGGUAUGUAACUUUGAGAAUGAAUGAGACAGGAUGACAAAUGUUAGUAAGAUAUGACACAUUUGCCAUCCAUAAUCAAAAACUUCAAUUCCCUACCUGAAAUUGAUUUGAAAAAUGGUGUGAAGUCUACAGUUGUGUUGAAGGACUGUAAGAUAUUUUUAAAAGCCUAUGUAAAUCAUAGAAAGCACUUAUAUUUUAUAUUCAAAACUGAUGUAUGGAGCCCAUUUCAUUCAAUUUAAAAGUCAGUCCUUACAUAUUUGUGAUUGCUUUUAUUGUAUUUUUAAAAGGGAGAACUACUGAUACUUUAAGACAUCCUAAAAAGAUUCUUUUUAUAUCUUGGAUGCUUUUAGGUAAUUUUUAAAUACUUAAUAUUUGUUCCUCCUUAAUCUGAAACUCUUCCAACAUAGCUUCUGAACGGCUAAGAAAUACUCCUUAGGCACUGUUAGGUGAAUUAACAAUGAAGUAAGAACCCAAGUUGAAAUAUACAAUUUGACCUUAACGACUUAACAGAACAGCUAACAAGCACUGUCUUAUCCACUGACAGCAAGAAAUGCCUUUAUCCCACCACUCCUGAGAUUCUUAAGAGGGAAAACUAAUUUUACAACCUUGAAAAAAAAUCCAUAGAUAAUUAUAAGAACUGCACAUAUUUAAGGUAUUAGAAAAGAUGUUUUCUUUUGUAAGGCAUCAAUGAUUAAAUGAAUACAAUGCAUAUCUAACAAAAGAUGAUUAAUAUUAUCAUAAAACCAUUUAUCUUUUCUUUUAAACUUCUCAAAUUCCUGCUACUUUUGCCAGCUUAAAUAAGAAACAAAAUGCCUCUUGGCCUAAACAACUAUGGUUUUAAAAAACUAAGACAUCUGAAACUAUUAGGCACAUCAAAGGUACAGUUUAUGUAGUUCAAGGUUCCCUUUGUAAGGGGCAUGAGUUACCUGGCACGUUGUACAUAUGGAACUGUAAAGAUCAUCUACUAAAUUCAACUUUCACAUUUUUAGUCAAACUGAAAGACUUAUAGUAAAUAUUCAAACAUACCAUAUUUUCAGUUACAACUGAAUAAGAGUAACAUUUUACCAGAUAAAAACCUGGAAUUUGAGUAUGAGAAACCUUCAUACACUGUGCUAGUAUUGGUCUCUUCUUUUUAGAUGAAAGCCAGUCGUCAAUACUUUCAACACAGCAGUUUAGAAGAUAAACGUCCAAAACAGGUGACUUGGUUGUAGUCCAUAAUUUAGCAAUUCAAUGCCACUGGCAUCAUAAUGCUGUGGAGAGCAAGUAUAUCUCCAUAUUUUAGUCAGAUUUGUCUUUCUUCUUUCCUGUUAAGGGCACUUUGUUUACAACAGCAGACCCAACAGCUGUAACACCUCCAGCCACAGCAGAAACACCCCCUUUCACCAGCCCUAUUCCCAUGGAAGGCACAGUUGUAACAGCUGUUUUGGUCACCUCCAGACUUUUUCCACCAAUCCAAGCUACACCACCGAUGGUGGCACCAACAGCUCCCUUUGUAACAUUGAAGAUACCCCCAGUCACACGGGACAACAUGCCUGGUUGCUGCUGUGGAUGAUCUUUCAUUGAACCUAAUGAGAGAAAAUAUAAUCAAAUAUAAAUCUUUAUAAGAGCAGUACAAAAGUCAUUGAAAAGUCUCCCUCACAAUCAAAAAGUUGAUUUGAGAAGCCAACCAGUUGAUUGAUUGAAAGACAUUGAGGAGUUCUUGCCUCAAGGGUAUAGUUUUGUAUACAUAUGCUGGUCCAAAACUAAGUUUUAAUACCUAUGAAAAGAAAUGAUUUAGAGACUAGGCAACUUUCAUAAAACAAUCCUAUUUUAAAAGAUCUAAUUUUACAUGCUUCCUUGAUUUAUAGUUUUGUUAAGAAAUAAUCUUUAAAAAAAAAAAGAAAAUCUUUUUUUAAAUAUCCCAAAACCAUGAAAAAAAAUAAAGAUAAAAUAUUUACAUAGCCUUCAAUUUCCUUGACAGGAUUCAAUCACUACUGAAACAAUCUUCAUAUAAAGCAGAGGUUCUCAAAAUACAGCCCAGGAGUCCUGGGGAACCCUGAGGCCAUUUCAGGAGAUACCCACAGAUGAAAACUACUUUCAGGCUGAAGUUGUGGCUCAGUAGUAGAGUGCUUGCUUAGCAAGUGUGAGGCUCUGGGUUCAAUCCUCAGCACCACAUAAAAAUAAAUUUAAAGAAAGGUAUUGUGUUCAUCUACAACUUUAAAUUAAAAAAAAAAAAACCUACUUUCAUAGUAAUAUUAACAUGUCAUUGACUUUACACUUUCAUUGUGUCACAAGUUUACAACAGUUUUCCAGAUAAAGUUUACAACAGUAUUCCAGCUAAAUACCACAACUGAAUGAAGCAAUAACUCCAAAAUGCAGCUGUCACCCAUUAACCCAAACAUUAAAGAUACUUGCAAAAACGUAUAAACAGUGUCACCCUGCUCAUGAUAUUUUUUUGUUUUAGGAAAGAGUCACUUUUCAUAAGAACAUGAUAACCAGGUUAACAUGUAAUAUGUGUACUGGGUUCUUUUGGUGAAUAAAAUUCAAAUUCAAUUUUUACUAAACACAAGCCAUCUGGGCCCCAAUUUUUUGAGAAGUUUUUUGAUAUCAAAAAGCUGAAAAUCACUGAUUUAAAUAUAUUUGGGUCUCUGCUCUGUUGUGUCCCUUAAUGAUAUACUUAAACAACUAAUGCUGUGUAAAAACAGAAAAACAAAACUAUUCAUAAUUUAAAAUUGUUACCUAAAAUGAUUUUUAUUUAGAUGUAAGUAAAAUAUACACUAUAGCCAUUGUUAAUAUUUAUAUCACUUCCUCAGUGAUUCUUAUGGGAAAAAAGUCUGCACUUUAAACAUCUCAUUAAAAAAAUAUUGUUUUAGAUACCCCAGAAAAGUAAUAUCAAUAUAAGAAAUUUAGCUCUUUCUAAGUCAUCAGUUAAUUUUCUUUGGUUGGUUGGUUGAAGGUUGUUUUUUUUUUUUUUUAAAUAGAGCCAUAAAAAUUAGAUGUAACUUCAAACUUAUAUAGGAAGAUUUCAUAAAAGCUUCAUCGUACCAGCUUCUAAUGAACACAGGUCUUUUCUCCUUUGUCACCUAAUAAUUUAAGCAACAAUGCCACAUCAUCAAUGGUGUUUUUCUAAACUUCAUGGGAAGUUUGUAAUUCAGAUUUUACCUACUGAAAAAGUAUAAUCUCGCACAAAUAAAGAUAAAUUCUUGGGUACACAGGACAACAUUAUACCAUAAGUUGGGAAAAUCUCAGUCAUUAAUCAAAAUAGUGUUUAGGUAUGGAUAAAGCAAUGGCUAAAUUUUAAAAAAAUGUGUUUAUUAAGUCGAGGAGUUGGGGAUGUAGCUCAGUGACCUAGCACUUGCCUAACAUGUACAAGGUCCUGAAUUCAAUCCCUAGCACCACAAAAGGAGAAACAAAUAGUAAACAUAAUUUAUACAAUUUUUGAAUGGCUGAAAUAAAACGCUUAUGAUAUAGAUGAGCAUUUUAAUAUGUUAAUUAUAAAAUCAUGAUGGAAAAGAUUACAUAAUUGGUAAUUCUUUUGUAAUUAAAGUCAAAAACAUUAGGAAGAGAGGCAAUAUCCUGAUUUAAGGAUAACAUAGAUGAUUGAAUCAUGCCAAAUACCUCAUUAACAAAAUUAUCUUACUUUGCCAAAUUUAAUGAAGACAAAUAAUUUUUUCUUACCAAAUAAGAUAAAUAUUGAUAUUCUCUUCAAUUACUCUGUACUCUUAAUUGCCACCACACAAAUUAUCUGCUUUGCAGUUACCCUUGUUAAACAGCUGACAUUUAAAUAUAUUCCUGAGGCUCUGUUCUCUUCCUUGUCAUCCUCCUGGAUGCCUUUAUCCUUUUCCUGAAUUCUUUCCAUAAAGUCCUUUUAAUUUUCUCUUGAGACCUAACUUUUCAAAACCCUAUCGUUCUAGUCCUAAAAAAUAAAGCAAGGAAAAGAGCUAAUAAUUUUCCAGGAUAUUCUUCCACCAAGCAAACUAAACUAAAUUAAACCAAAUUAGCUAGUUCUUCCAUCUUUUUUUAGACUUAAGAGCAAGCUUUUCAUUGUGUUAUUUUCCUAGCAAUUUCGUUUUUAUCUACCAAUAUAUGAAAAAAAAUUUUGAACAGUGGAUAACAUAACUGGGAAGAAAAUAUAAUACCUAGAGUCAGGACUUCCAGCCCUAGCAAUUAAUAUGCAAUCCUCCAAGAUCAUUAUUUAUAUUAAGUUUAAUAACAUUCUAUGCCAAAACUAUAAAUUAAAAAUGCCUGUAGUUCAUUUUCUGUAUGGAAUGAGGACAAUCCAGGGGGUAGUUAUUAUUUCCAAGGCUUUUGGAAGUAAAGAAAUAAAAAUGUUUCAUGAUGUCAUAAUUUUCAAACUAUAAGAGAAUUAUGAUUCAGAAAGACAUUAAAAGACCCUAUAACCAUGUAUUUAUUAAUAUAGGAAGAGAGAGCUACCACUUAUAAUACAAUGGAUAACCGGAGUUUAACAACAAAUCUCAAAUGCUUCUUAAAUUAAGCUGAUCUUUUUGUAUACAGGACAUCAAAAAUAAACAGUUUAUGAAAAGAUGUUCUUCCUUGUGAAAUGGUCUUUAAAAUGUGACAGGAAAAUAAGCCUUACAUGAUAAAAUUAAAUUGUGUCUCAAGAAAAAAAAGUUAAAUUGUGUCUCCACUCACCAAUAUCUGUGCUUCUUAAUUAAAAAGUACAAGUGUUUAUGUUCUAUUACUUUUAAAACAUAUUACUGAGUAGGUAAACAAGCUAUAAUUCUAUAAAUUUAAUAAAAUCAAUCAAACUUUCAUUCACUCGUAUAUUCUUUCCGUCCUUCAUGUUGUAACUGUAUACUUGCCUUCUGGUGGUUCAUCACUAAGGUAUGAUGGGAUUUCUUGAUUUUUAUCUGCUUGAUUCAUAGCUCCUAGAAAAACCAUACAAACAUUUCAUUUUAAGAUCAGACUACUACUAUUCUCAUGCUAAAUUAAGACUUUAUUUAGACAAAUGCUCAUCACAAGACUACUUCAUUUUGUCUCUUUUCUAUUUCAAAUUGCAGUAUUUAAGAAAUACCUUAAAUGACACCAGUGGACAAAAUAUAUCUUAUCUGAAACACUAAACAGUGGCAGUCAUAGUAUCAGCUUUCCUAGUGUUGGUAAUAUGAGGCUUCAACUUGUGAUAAUUACCAAUUAAAAAGAGUUGGAAGGUGGGGGUUGGGGAAAAAAAGAAGCAUAUAUCUUUUAUACAGAUGACACCCUCAAUCUGAAUCAGUAAAAGAUUUUGAUGACUUUUUUGUUCUUGUUCUCAGAGCACUGAUUAAAAAAAAAAGUAACAAUUCAAAAUCUUUUAUGAAAAAACAUACAAUUUUAAAAACAUAAUUAUUUAAAAGUAGUUAAGAGAACCUAGGAAACAAAAAUAAACUAUGUUGGGAUGAAAAAAACAUGAUUAAAAUUUAUUUUCCCAUUCUCCUUUACUAUCUUAAGAUACCUGCUUUUAAAUUCACAUGACUAAGUAAAGACCCAGACAGUCAAGAUUGGUCUAAAAGUGUUUUUUAUGACAUACUGUCUUAGACACACACACAUAUACACAAAAACAAAAAACUCUGGUUCUGUGAUUCCAGUGUCUACUGUGACUUCUCAGCUCUACAUCUUUAGAGCCUAAAUCACUCUGUCUGUACAUAUACAACAGAUAUUUUAAAAGGACAUCAAACAAUGUACUUUAGUAUUAAUAUAUUAAUUAAUUUUAAAAAUAGUGAUUGAACUGGGCUAAGCAAUGUUUUAGCACGAGGUAUAGCAGUGAUCAAUAAAGACCAAAUACCUGCCAUCAUGAAAAGUCACUCCAGUUGAGGAAGAUAAUAUAUCAACACUAUACUGCUUGUCAACCAGUGUUAAAUGCUAUAGAGAAAAAAGGGUAGGAUGGGGAAGAAAAGUGAUCUUUUAAAUAGGGUAAACUAUGAAGGCAAAGGAGGUAAAGAUAUCAGAUAUUUAGGUGAAGAGUCAAGGUAGAAGAAACAGCAAGAGGAAAGUAUGGCAAGGACAACAUCCAAGAAGCAUAGGAGAGGAAGUCAAAGAGCUCCUAAGGAUCACACAGGCCCUAGCAGGGAUUGAUGCAGAUUGGCUUUUAAACUGAGGGAAAUGGGAAGCCAGUAGAACGGUUUGAUCAGAGGAACAAGAUGUUCUGAUUUAUAUUCUUAAAAGAUCAUACUGGCUGCUGUGGAAAUAACAAACAAUAGGAGAACAACCUAUUAGAAGACUAUUUCAAUAAUCUGGGCAAAAAAUGUUGGUGGCUUGGUGUGGUCCAAGCUGAGAUUGUUGGGAAGUACAGGAUUUUCAAAGGUAAUUGUAAUUUCAUGCAAUUCAUCUUGCUAUGCCUUUAAAAUCUAAAUCCUAUGUAAGAGGGAGCUUCACAGCACCCUAGAAUCCAACAGCAAAUGUUGUGUGUGUGUGUGUGUGUGUGUAUUUUUUGCUGUAGUGAAAAUCCUGACUCAGGCCAUUUAUCAAUACCAUCUAAUCUUAUCCUGGUCUGUUUUUUAAUUCAGUACAUAUGUACUUUAAGUUUAAAAUCCCCCCAUAUGAUUUUAAGAUUAAAAAAAGAAAGCAUGUGAUCUUUUUCUAAAAAAGCCAAGAAUAUCAGCUGUUGCAUUACUAGAAGAGGUUCAUGACUAAUUUGCCUUAAUUUUUAAAAACCCUCAAACUAUAAAGUUACAUGUAUUUCUAUUCAUAUUUGUAUUUUCUUUGAUUUAUCAUCAUAGCAAAAUCAUUAAAAAUUAUACACAUAGUGGUUACAACUCUGGUUUCAGAAAUUCUAAGUUUGAAUCCCAACUUGAUCAUAAACUAUAUGGCAUGGGAAAAUAAGAUCAUUAGAUUCUUGAUUUUUAAGACAUAUAAAAUAAAAAAUGAAGAUAUUCUAGCCCUAACAAGAUGAAAAAUGCUAUUUAACAAAUUCUAAACAUGCAGAAAUUUCUGGCAGAAUAUGUGUGUUCUUCCUGUGAAACAUUACUAUGUUAGAUCACUUUCUUCCCUGCUGGGCUGUUAAUUUCAAGAGGACGAACAUCUUUAACUUGUUCACCAUUGUAAUCCCAGUAUAUUAUAAUACACACACACACA